UGCAAGUGUGCUUACUUUUUGGUAUUAUUUGCGUUUUCAUUUGAUCCUGAAGUAAUCCCGUUUAUGUGCAGAAAUGGAUCAGCUUUCUGAGGUGGAAUCCCUGAUCUUUCCUAUUUUUAUAAUAAAACAGUAGGCUUCAGAUGAGAUUCGUGUGUCCUAGUAAAUUAGUUGAUUUCAGGUAGCAGAGAGCUUUGUUUUUAGGCUCCGAUAAUUUGCCGACAAUAAUGUCUAAGGAAAAUUGCACGAACGGUGCAGUGGCAGUCAUGUCAAGUGAUGAGAAGAUUGAGAAGAAGCUUAGUAGAAAAGAAUUGAAAAAGCUGCAGAAGAAGGCGGAGUAUGAGCGUGAGAUUAAAGAAAUGGGUGGUGCAGUUGAAAAUCGGAAGGAAAAAGAAGCAGUUGAAAAGAAGGACAAUGGUGGGAUUGGGUCAGGUGCUGAACUUGGACAGCAGUUUUCCGUUUCGCAGCAAGCGAAGUCCACCGGACAACGGAAUCAGCUUGAAAAUGCUGUCGACAUUAAGGUAGAAAACUUUGAUAUUGCAGCUCAAGGACGAGUUUUGUUUCACAAAGCUGAGUUAACAAUAGCUUUCGGAAGGCAUUACGGUCUCGUUGGCCCAAAUGGAAUGGGCAAAACUACACUUUUAAAACAUAUUGCUGCCAGAAGAUUGGAUAUUCCACCAAAUAUUGACCUUCUUUAUUGCGAACAAGAAAUUGAAGCUGACCAUACCCUAGCUAUUGAUGCUGUUGUCAAAUCAGACAAACAACGCCUUGCUUUAAUGGAAGAGGAGGCACAGUUGAUAAAGAAGCUAGAAGAAGGCGACAUUUCGGUUGGCGAACAUCUGAGAGAGGUCACUGAUGAACUAAAGAAUAUAAAUGCAGACGCAGCUGAACCAAAAGCGCGCCGUAUAUUGGCUGGUCUCGGCUUCACAAAAACUAUGCAAGAAAAACCAGUUGAAGCAUUUUCGGGUGGUUGGCGUAUGCGUAUUUCAUUAGCUCGAGCUCUUUUUUUGGAACCGACGUUGUUGAUGCUCGAUGAGCCAACCAAUCAUCUUGAUCUGAAUGCGGUCAUUUGGCUCGAUAAUUAUUUGCAAACGUGGAAGAAAACCUUAUUGAUUGUCUCACAUGACCAAGGUUUUCUAGACAGUGUGUGUACAGAUAUUAUCGAUUUGCAGGAUCAGAAAUUGUAUUACUAUAAAGGGAAUUAUUCUGCUUUCAAGAAAAUGAAAGAUCAGAAGAUGAGGGAACACAUGAAGGCUUUCGAAACUCAACAAAAACAAUUAGCUGCAAUGAAGAAAAGUGGCAAAAGUUCGAAACAAGCUGUUGAAGAAAUAAAAAACCGAUUGCAAAACAAGCAAAAUAAAGUUACCAAAGGCAAGAAAGGCUCCACCAUUAUGGCAUGUGAAGCUGAUGCAGCACCAGUAGAAUUGCUACAAAGAAUUAAAGAAUAUAAUGUGAAAUUUGCUUUUCCGGACCCUACAAAAUUGCCACCUCCAGUGCUUGGAUUACACGGUGUAACUUUUGGUUACAAAGACCAAGUGUUAUUUAAAAACCUUGACUUUGGUGUAGAUAUGGAUUCUCGUAUUGCAUUUGUGGGGCCCAAUGGUGUUGGGAAAUCAACAUUAAUGAAGUUAUUGGCAGGCAAAAUCGAGCCACAACAAGGUGAGGUCCGGAAGCACAGACAGCUACGCAUAGGAUGGUUCGAUCAGCAUGCGAACGAAGUAUUGAAUGGCGAACAAACUCCAAUCGAAUAUCUUUUCACCAAAUUUCGAAUUGACUAUCAGGAUGCGAGAAAACGAUUGGGUACAGUAGGUCUUCCUGGCUCCACACACACCAUAAAGAUAAAAGAUUUAUCUGGUGGACAAAAAUCUCGUGUUGCUCUUGCUGAAUUGGCUUUGGGAGCUCCAGAUGUGCUGAUAUUGGACGAACCUACAAAUAAUCUGGAUAUUGAAUCAAUCCAUGCAUUAGCAGAAGCAAUUGAAAACUUUGGUGGUGGUGUCAUAAUGGUUACUCACGAUGAACGUUUGAUCAGGGAAACAAAUUGCCAGUUAUGGAUUGUCGAAAACUUGGGCGUUGCUGAAAUUGAUGGCGACUUCGAGGAUUACAGGAAAGAAAUCCUGGAACAACUUGGAGAAACGUCAUCGCCUCCAGAACGAUAAAUUGUUAACUAACUUUCAUUCCACUUUGAAAGUUUUUUCAAGUCGAUGACUUGAAUGACCGGUUUUCAGUUUUCGGGAGUAAGAUUACACAUUUCCUAUUUGAGCCACAGUUUUGAUCCAUUGUCGACAGGUCUUUACUGUUUGCUUUGUCUGACGUUCUCUUUGUUUUAUAGUAUUUCCGAAAAUGUGAUGAACUUCUUUAGUUCACAUCGAGGCUUUUCCCAUUCUUUUUCUUUUUUCUGAGCAGGCUAGUUUUUCAACUUCUUGUCCAACUGAAGACGGACAAUAGGAACACUGUUUGUCUUUCCACCAGCAAAAUAUGCUUGUACCUUUCUAAUCAUAAUUUCCAAAGUCAGUCAUUUUUGUUUCAUUUUUGUUUUUGUUCCUCAUGUUUUGUCUACUGGGACUCACUGAAAGCCUUCUUCCAUGUGAUGAAAUGAAAACAUUUACUUAAUUUGGCCUUUCAUUCACUUUCAGUUAUGUGAUUGAAUCUUGAAUUCCA